AUGAACACAUUCCGCCCCAUUGUCGGCAGGAUUGGGAGUAGCUUGACCGGAGGAACCACUCAACUAUACACACCAAUGUUGCGAAGAUACGCCCUCGGCUUCUCGGGCGCUGCCAGACCCCACGGAACUAUGGCUUCCGCCAACCCCGUUGAAGACGCUAUACGGUCCAAGGUGACCGCGGCCUUCUCCCCCACCACCCUCGAAAUCUACAACGACUCCCACCUUCACAGCCACCACAAGGCUAUGGCCGGUAGCACUUCCAAGGAAACACACUUUAGACUUGUCAUUACCUCUGAAUCAUUCAAGUCCAAGAUGCAGUCCGCCCGCCACCGCAUGGUCUACGCCCUUCUCCGCGAGGAGAUGGCCCGCGAGGGCGGCAUCCACGCCCUCCAGCUCAAGACUCUCACCCCUGAAGAGGAAGAAAGACAAAGGGCCAAGAAGGCUGCCGAGGCCCAGGCUUCCGAGGACUCGACCUGA